CUGUUUGAAAAAUUUCAAACUCAAAGAUUCCUGACUACACUAGUCUUGUUGUAGCUUGUUCUCGGCGACUUUGUUGUUGAGAAUUGUUAUUGCUUCAGAGUUGUCUUCGCGUUUCUGAAUCUACAAUGAGUACCAGUGCAGAUGCUGCACCUACUGUUCCAACCACGUCGACUACAGAAACCAUAGCUGCAGAUGGAGCUACUAUUCUGACGGCCGACGAGAAAUUAGAUCGAGAAUCUCCAGAACUAUGGCCGAUUACCCCGUAUGCAGAACUGAUGAGCCCGUUCCGAACUGCGUUCUUCGCAUCACCGCUUGUCCAUAAUAAAUGGCAGGCAGAACUCGGCAAUGAUGACUUCAGCAUGCUUCAGGAACUGGCAAGCCUGACACAGCAGCAGCUGCUGGAGAAAGUGAAAACCCUUCAAAACCUAGCGUACGAGCUUGGGCGUGAAGAAGCACACGAGGCCACCCGUGGCCGGUAUUUGCGAGUGCUCGAACCUCAGACAUAGCCCCCAGUCGCACCUGUCCUAUCUACCGGUAUGUUCCUUUCCGGGAACACACAUGCUCACAGAAUACGUCCAGUGCAGUGUGCUGCUGUGCACCAAGGCUCUGAUGAACCGCUUGUAAUAUAACUUACUGUACAUAUCGCAAUGGACUUGAGUUUGCUGUUUAUUUUACUUGUAAAGUCAACUGAAAUAGUAGUAUCUAUAACAUCUGUUCCCGCAUAAACCGUGAUUGCUACUUCAUAACAUGCUUUUCUGUACAUAUGCUCUAUACAUGUAACUCGCUGAGAUUGAAGAAUGUUUAGUGGCACUGUGCACACCUAAAUGUGUGCGGUUCAUUUGCUGCUUCUUGCAUUGUCGUGUUAUCAGCAAUAGUGGUACCGAUAGUGUUCAAAGUUUGAUACACUUAUUGUGA